AUGGAAGACGUUCUCGCCAAAGCCUGGGCACAGAUCAAGUGGGAGGAGGAUGAAGUUAACUAUUAUCACUCUUCUCCGAGGAAAGACACUCGAAGAGACUCGAGGGCAGGCAGACGACAGAGUGAUAGACGAUCCGAGCCAUACCCGUAUCCCAACAGAUCAGAGAACAGAAGGAGGGAGUACAACCGGUCGUCCGAGACACGUCUGCGAGAUGGACCAAAGAUACCAGAAUACAAUCUUUCAAUUUCACCAGCUGAAGUCGUUGGCGUACUGAAAGGACUCGGAGACAAAGUGAAAUGGCCGGAAAGGAUGAGGACUCCGUCUGACCAGCGAGACAAAGCAAAAUGGUGUGAAUUCCACAAUGACCACGGUCACCGAACGGAUGAGUGCAUUGCCUUAAAACUCGAAGUAUCCAACCUGUUAAAGCGUGGUCACCUGACUGACUUACUUACAGACAAAGGCAAAAGAACAUUCCAGCAGGAGGCAGACAGGUCAGUCGUCCGAAGAGUAGUAACCCCGCCGAAACCACCUACUCAUGAACGGACGGUGAACGUAAUAACUGGUGGCUCUGAGGUAAGUGGAGUCACCCAUUCAGCAGCCAAAAGACAUGCCAGGCAGACCAACUGGGUCAAAGGAGAGUCCGGCGAGACAGAGAAGAAUACCAUCAACCUACCAGCUCAAACCAUCAGUUUCUCAACAACAGAGUCAACCAGACUCCUCAACCCACAUCAUGAUGCUCUUGUCAUUGCACUUUACAUUGCUAAUUGUCUUACUAAACGUAUACUUAUUGAUAAUGGUAGUUCAACUAACAUUUUAUUUUUAAGUGCUCUCAGGGAAAUCGGGAUAGAUGAAUCAAAGAUUAUAAAGAAGACUACAAUCCUCAUCGGUUUCAGUGGAGAACAAAAGAACACACUAGGAGAGAUCGAGCUACCUGUCUAUGCCGAAGGAGUCAAUCUAUGCACAAGAUUCCUGGUAGUAGACUCUCCGUCUGCUUACAACGUGAUACUGGGACGACCAUGGAUACAUGAAAUGGAGGCAGUCCCUUCAACAUACCACCAAGUUUUAAGGUUCCCAACUAAGUGGGGAGUAAAAGAAAUUAAAGGCCAACAGAAAGAUUCGAGAGCGUGUUACCAGACUACCAUGAAACCCAAACCCGCUCAGUUAUAG